AUGACAGAAAUCCUCUUCAUCCAUCCAAUCGAAAAGAAAGACAAGAAGAAGCCAACUUGGAGAGGAAUCCCACGCAUUUCCUUCACUCGCCCAGCUAUUGCCACCCAAGUUGAAAAGCCAACAAAGCAGGAUCGUCAGCCACCAGUUGUUGAAACUCGUCCUUCAUUCCAGAUUGGUACAAUUGUUAUUGUUGUUGGAGGAGAGAACCAAGGAAAGCGCGCUGUAGUUGUUGAUCUCAAGGGUAAUGGAAUCAUUAAAAUUGCCGGACCACACGUUCCAGUAAAUGAGAUCUCACAGGAUUAUCUCAUUGCAACUUCAACUAAGCUUGAUAUUGCAAAGAAUUCCACAGAAGGCCAAAUUUUGGCUGCAGCAAUGAAGACUCCUCAUAUGGUCGAAUAUCUUAAGGCUCCAUUCAAGAUAAAGAAGGGAGACCGCGUUCACCUCUGGAAGUUCUAA